ACGGUCUCGACCGCAGAGGGAGCUUGUUUGAUGAGAAGCAUGGCUGUCGCAGGAGCUAAAGAACAUCUUGUUGUUUUUCACCAAAGUAUUCAAUCUAUAUUUGACGGAUGGACAGGUUUACAGCUGGCUGCAAGGCACGGUUUCGGUGGUCGUGAUAGUUUGGAGAAAGCAAGAUGGAUGGUAGAUGCAGUAUACAAUUGGUUUUUAGAAAAUGAUGGAGUUGAACCUUAUGAGCUUGAAGAUUGUCUGGCUGAUAUUCUAGAUCAUGAAUUUGACACAGUGGCUGAAGAUGGCAGCUUAAACAAGAUUUCAAUAGAUAUCUGCACAAACUUCCAUCUAUGUACAACUGGUCAAUGUCAAGCCGUACGUGACAAGAUUGAGCAAACUCCAGUAGCAAGGAUAGGAGAGUGUGUGGCUGAUGCAACAGUGGAUAUGGAAGAGGGAGAUGAUGCAGAUGGUUCGGUGCAGGAUGCUAACAUGCAGGCAAUGCUGGGUGGAAUGAGGUUAAGCCAACCACCACCUGACGGACAAGAGGGCGCUUCGCAACAAAAUAACAGCGAGAUGGCUGGACCAUCAACAUCAUCCUCGGGAUCAACAGCAGGAGCAUAUUCAACCAGUUCUUCAUCAAACUCAACACAAGAACCCAUGGAAGACGAGGACGGCUGGACAGUUGUACGGAAAUCCAAAAAGAAAUGACACAAGGAAGAAGCAUUGAUCUUAUUGUUUAUAUAGAUAUUUAUUAUGAUCUUAUUUUAUGUUUACAACAUAUAAAAGUUACACCAUGCUUUGAACAGUAUGGGAAAUUAUUUUUCCAGAAAAAUGUAAAUUACAACAUGAUGGCUAGAAGGUCAUUGUGAAUUCUGAUGGCUUUAUAACAGAAAUACUUCUUAGAAAUACAUACCUUUCAAUAAAUAAUAUGCUACAUCUUUUUUUUUUAUAACAUACAGUUUUCACUCUUGGAGUUGUAUGUUACUACCACCACCCAAUCCUCUCUCUGUUAAAGGGGAAGUUCAUCCUGACAAAAACUUUGUUGUAGAAAAUAACAGAAAAAAUAAUAAAUAUUUGAGGAAAAUCCAUUAAAGCUUAAGAAAGUUAUUAGAUUGUCAAGUUUUUGAUUUGCGACAUAAACAAGCAGCGGUCCCAUGUUAUGUAAAAUGCAUAAAUAUCAUUUUUGUAAUGGUUCGCGUAUCCACUAGAUCCCGCAGUUCUCCAGGACUGGAGGAAUUCAACAGAAGAAGAUUACGGUACUUAGUGGGUGUGAAAUCAUUUAUAUAUUUAUAUACUGGAGGUAAAAUAAAAACAAUAUUCAAUUUUCUGAGAAAAUGACAUUUCGUUUAUUUUUUACCAUACAAUAUAUAGGAAAGUUGCUUGCAUAUGAUGUCACAAUUCAAAUUAUUAUAAUUCUAAUAACUUUUUUAUUCUUCGAUGGAUUUUCCUCAAACCUUCACCAAUAUUUUUUUACUAUUUUUUAUGCUAUUUUUAGAAUAAACAUUUUUAGUCAGGAUGAACUUCCCCUUUAAGAGGGUUAUGGGAAGUCUACCAUGACAAAAAACAACUUGAAUAAUUAAUGGAUUGUUAACCAUUUUUUUUAGACACACUGGCAAUUGGUGAUUUAAAGUUUGUUGUUGAUGUUGGGUCAAUUUAAACAAAAUAUAUGAAACGAGACUGGUUUGGGGGAAAAGCCUCACUUUGUGUUCUCAAUAAUGUGAUUUGGAUAAUUUUGGAAGUUCAAAUUAGGUGUGGGAGCUAUGGAAUACAACUGAAUUGGUCUUCCAACACCGACACCAACAACAAAUUGAAAUCACCCAUUGUGGUUAGGUAUUUAUUAUAUUUUUAUGUUACGCAUGAAUAAGGUUCUACCCCUUUAUGGAAUGCCUUUUGCCAAUUCAUUAAAGCUGUGCAAUAUAUAAUCCUGCAUUGGAAAGAGUCCUUCCCAAAAGGUGAAAUUUGCUGUGAAAAUGGGGUAAAAGAUGUACCAGUAUUGCAAGUAUGAACUACAUUUCAGCAAAAGUCUUUGAUACAUUAUUAUUUUUUUUUACCAGUAUAAGUGGAUGAGAAUCAAUAGAAAAUAGAACUCUUUAAAAAAAGUGUGGAAUGAUAUAAUUAUAAUUAUUAUUAUCCAAUCCAAAGGUCAUUUGAUAUAGCCCCUUUUCCUUUCAAUUACAAAGUGCUGCGCACACACUACUCCAUGUUUGGACCACUAAAACAAUAAUAAAACAUGCAAUUUAUGGUUCUUUUCAGCAAAAAGAUAUUUAAUGGCUUUCUUGAAUUGCUCAUUAUUCUUCCUAUUAUUAUUAUUACUAUUCAAAUGAAAUAGAUGGUUCUUUCACACAUUUCACCGUGGGUGGUCAUUAUAAACGAUUGAGCUCCUGAGGGCGUUUCAUGAAGUUUUGUCUCUGAUUCCCACUAACGAGUUUGCCCAAUCAGAUGCAAGGAUUUCAGUAGCUUAUAACAUCUGUUAGUGAAUAUCACUGAUAAACAAGAGUCCUAUCAUUUAACACUGAAAACCUCACAGUAAGCCAGGGUGAAACUGGCUGAAGGAUACAGUCAGGGUUGAAGAUGAAUGCUCGUUAUGGUAAUGAUUUCAAAACGAGUCGAUUCAUAAUCCAAUAGAAUCACCACCCAAGUGUCUGUUUGCAUAGAUGAAAGAAAAAUAUGUCAAAGAAUUUUUGAAGAAAAUUGUGUAAAUAGGAUUCACGCCAAAUGACAGGUCUUUUCCCAAGCAAUAUACUGUCCCACAUAUGCUCACCUGUGUUGGCAAUCUACAUUGAGAUUUUUUUUUCAACUUAGAUUUUACUAUUUCACAAAUUCAGUGUAUGUAACUACCAGAUAUACCAUACAGUGUGAGUCCCUAAAAACUUGACACGUCACCAAUCCCAAAUUUAAGGGAAUUUUUUUUUACAUGAGCACAUAAUCAAAUAUGGCUGGAAAGAGUAUCUUCUUCCAAAUAAUUUGAUACUAUAUUUGUGUGGUAUGUUUUCAUGCUUGGAUAGUUAGUAGGUAUUUCUUGCAGUGAUGUAAAUUUUGACUUGCGCCAAAGUAAGGCAUGACUCCAUUUACAUUAAGGUUACAUGUUGAAAGGGAAAUAUCCUGAUGACAAGUUGCGUUUAAGGACGUUCCACAGUUAUGUUUGUGCGCAUUAUGAUCUGCGCAUAGUUUACACUCUGCGCGCUGACGUCACAAUGGAUGAACAGGUGAUUAAUUAGAUGCGGGUAUGAGCUGAUUUUUCUCAUCUUCUGCACUUUAACUGCAGAUCCGAUGCGUUAUUUCAUGAAGCUAAAAAAUUGAAAUAUUCCAUGGAUCAUUCAAAAAAGAAUUAUCUACAAUUUCGAAAUACUUCACUUUGCAGUGCUGCCAAGAAUCACGAAUAUUACCCCGAGUUUGAAUAAAUGGUAGAGUGGUUUUGGUUUUUUCUUCACAUAGAUGCAAAGAAUUCGGCGCAUUUUUGGUGUUUAAAAAAGCACAUUUGCUCUAAUAAAAAUGCUGAUAGUUUAAAAACAAGCACAUGAACCCCUAUUUUUUAAUGUUUGUACCUCUUAGGUAUACUUUCCUCUACAACUCUGCAAAUUUUGGUGAAAAUGACAUGGAUUUUGAAUAAAGUGCAGCAUUUAUUGUACUUGUGUAGUUUGUUACUGAAAUUUCACAUUUUUUAGAUUGGGAGUUUGUUAUCUUUUACGCCAUUUUUAAGAACUGACAGUGCUGUUAAAUUUGAAAUUGCAAACAAAUAGCACUAUAAAUAGAUUCUCCAUUCUAACGACACAAUUAUCAACUCUCUUGCGAAAUUUGAUGACUUUUUCGUGUAUUUUGAAUGAGUAAUAGAGGUUUAAACUCAUUGUAGUUAUCUUGGGCGGUCUAAAAAUGCCAAAUUCUUUUGAAUGCGCAAUUCUUAAGAACAUCAAUUUGGGUGAACUUUGAAGCUCUAUAGCAAAAAAUCAAGCACAUGGACCUAUAUUGAUUUUUGCAUAUUUCGAAUAUUAAGGUUCUAAAGUAUCUAUGUGCAAAGUAUGGUGAAAAUGACAUGGAUUUCACUUUAACUGUGGAACGUCCUUAAUAAAAGCAGAAAAAUGAGAGAAACAGAUUCAUGAAGAUUUGGCUAAAGUCUGUUGAAAAAUGAAAGAGUAAAGCUUUUUCAAUUUUGUGACGUCACAUGCAAGCAGCUCUCCUAUUUUUUCUUCAUAGAUGAAUUCCAUGAAACGUUUAUUUUCUUUAAAAAAAUUAUUGAUACCUGUGCAUUCAAAAUAUGUGAAGACACAUUAUUUUGUAAAUUCUUCAAUGAAAAUAUCUAUUCAGUAAUUAUGAACAAUUAUCAAAAUUGCAAAUUCUGAAAUUUAUAUUACAUGUCAUAUCGGGGAGCUGCUCACAUGUGUUGUCUAAAAUUUCAUUGAUCGACGGGUCAAACCUUUACUGACAGGUUUCUCUCAAUUUCAGAUCUUGUUCAAACCAAAUGACAUUAGGGCCCCGUCUUACAAAGAGUUAUGAUUGAUCCAAUCAAUCAUAACUCUAUGGAAAUCCAUCAUUGUCAUAAUUUUGUCUGCAGGAAAUUUGAAAAAUGUCAAUUGUAAACACAGGAGAACAAACCAAAUUGUCAAGAAAUCAAUGAAUUUAUGGAUAUACAUUCAUAUCUAGACAUUUUUUUGAACAAACAUGCUUUUUAUAUGUUGACUUUGCUGGCUAUCCAUAGUUGCGAUGGAUUGGAUCAAUCGCAACUCUUUGUAAGACGGGGCCCCUGGGUGACCUUCCCCUUUAGGUUGGAGUUCAGUGUUGUUCUGUAAACAAUAAUCAACUCCUUUACUUAAGUGUAUGAUGUAGAAAAUUAUAUAUAUACUUUUACAUUAUUGCUGCAUUAAAACAAAACAACAAAAUA